ACGCGGACCUGUAAGAGGGCGUUUAUUGAUGAAAUGUUAGUUGCGUACAUAUACGUAACAUUGAACGUGUAAAUGUACUUUUGUAUCUGUAUUCAGAGCUAACAUCUAUGAUAGUAGUGUAAAGUAAACAGACCGCUCUGUUUACUUUCAUAUUAUCAAUGUGGCCGUCUAGUGAGGGACGUAUGACCUAGUAUAUAUAUGGUUGAUCGAAUAGUCGUCGUUUGUGGCAUAGCAUAUUUGAUAACAACACAAUUCGCUAACCUAAAUUUAUUCUCGUCAAUGUUGUGGAGACGAUAAGCUGCAUAGCUUACAGUGUAUAUAGAUAUGUGAUUAGAUAUCUUGACCUGUUGGUUGUGUAGAGUUAGUUAGUGGUUAUUUAACAGUACAGGCAACAGGAAGGGAGAAUCUAGCUAUAAAUAAAACUGGUUUAAAUUCCCGAAUCGACACACACUUAACAACAGGUUUACCACGAUACUUACAGGAUGUCUAUAAAGGAUUCGGUCCUGUACAAGACAAUAAUGACGGGAGACCUUGCCGCACUAAUCCCAGUAUUGAGAGAUUAUUCAGAGUCUGGUCAGAGCUUCUUUCUGGAAGAUCCAGAUAAUGGCGAAACGUUGAUUCACCACAUAGUGAAUUACGGAGAGAAAUACUGCGAACCACGGACCGUGUCCUUGAUCUAUCUGUUUGCCUAUGCGCCAUUUGAUCUGGAUAAGCCGAACAUUAAUGGCGAUACGGCCUUGCAUCUCGCCGUAAGAAAGAAAGGGGCUUAUAGAAUAUUAAUAGCUUUGAUAAGAUGCGGGGCUGACCCGGAAGUAAAGAAUAAUGAAGGUAAAACGCCGGAAGACAUUCUUAUAAAAGAUCGUCCAAGUGGCUGGGAGGAAAUGUUACAUUGGUUAAAUAAAUUUAAACCCGGUUUAUAUCGCGCUGUGACGGCAGAAAAACCUGAUAAAAAGCUGAUAGAAAGAUUGUUGAGAUACUGGUGCAGAUUAACCAUAGUUAAAAACUCCAAGAUUAUCAAUUUAAAAUGUAUCGCACAUUCUAAUCAUCACCAACUAGAUCUAGUAUAUUUGUUGGAGAAAUAUGAAAAUACUAUCGAGUUCGCCAUGGCACUAUUAUCGGGAAAAGUAUGUGUCUUGAAAUCUUGGAAAGGUCAAGACCUGUGGAAUACUAUCGACAUUAACACCAAGGAUUAUUCAUAUCAAAAAUAUUAUAAAGGAUACCCGGAAGAACCACAGCCCCUCCUAGCGGCAGUAUGGGAAAUUAAUUCUAUUGAAACUAUUGAAUAUCUUAUGUCGUUGAAUCCAGAUACAAACGUUCUCUACAGUGGAAUGCCGAACUGUGAACCCAAACCAUUGUUCUUUCAUUUGAUGGGUUCGCACGCUCCCGAUCCAGCCAUUAUAAAAAAGAUUUUAAAGGGGUGUGAUAUGAAUUAUCGUGCCUAUAAUGGACAAACAGUUCUACAUGAAGCCAUAGUACAUGACGUAACCGAGGACGUCUUAAAGCAUAUUUUAAAUCUGGGUGCUAACGUUGCAUCACGUGAUCGAUAUGGACAGACUGCGCGGAACUUGGCGGUGUCGUUAAAUAAAUUAACGUAUGCCAGGCUAAUAGACGAACACGUGUUACAAGCCGUACGAGAAUGCAAUGUUUCUAAGAUAGAAUCUCUAGUGUUAGCAGCAUAUGAUUUUAUUAUCAAUAUCAGUGAUAAGCAAGGACAAACAGCUGUGGAUAUCAGUAAAAAGAAAAGUUCAAAACAGUUGAAGGAUGUCAUUGAAAAGGUGUCGAAAACACAGGAAUACAUAAAGAAGUUACAUGUUGUUACGGAUAAAGGCAGUGUUGGUGUAACCAAGAAGUUACUAGCUGUUUGUAAACGUAUGGCUGUAGCGUUAGAUAAAUGUGGACGUAACGUCUUACAUCACGCCGUUCUACACCGCCACAUAGAGUUGGUAUUAUAUAUAUCGAAAGAAUUUCCCAGUACAUUAAACGCCAAAGAUAAUUUAGGACGAUCGCCAUUUCAUUAUGCAUACUUAUUUUUACCCUGUGACAAAAUUAUUAAACAUAUGGAAGCAAACGGAGCGGAUGGAAUGAUCCAAGAUUAUGCUGGUUUUAUACCGUCUGAUUAUCUCAAGUCAGGAUGUCACACGACCAACCAAAGAAUAAAGGAGAUCGUCGAGUUUGAUUUAGAUGUUUACAUAGUGGAGACCAACUUAGAGAAAAACUUCUUCGCGGCAAUUAAGAAUGGUGACUUAAGAACUGUAGAAAGAUUAACGGAAGGUUUAAAGGAAUUUGGUGGAGGUUUCUGUAGAUUCAGUAAAAUGUUGUUUGAUUGUUUAGAUUAUGGACAGUGGCAUAUCGCUAAUUAUUUAAUAACAAUCGGCUUUAACACAGACAUCUGGAAACAGUAUGAACAUUGUAGUCCCGACGACCCACUGUGCGCCAUGAUGGAGUGUAAUCAUGGUAUGACGUCAUUUGCCCAAAGAGUUCACCAGAUCAAGGCCAUUGAGGUUCAUGCCUUACUGGAACAGAGAAAUAAAAACAAGGCAUCUGUAAAACCAGCCGGAGGACGACCGGGAGAUGGAAUGUUGGACGGCAGUGUUAAAGUCUUCUAACUAACAGCCCAGAUCGUGAUUACUAGAAGACAUCGUGAACACAACAUUUACACUCACAGCAUAAAAUUUUCAUAAUUAAACUGUUUUUUGAUUCUGUUAUCGACUUACGGUUAACUUUCAGACCUACUGAGAGGAAAGGGUCCCAUGCCCGCCCGGAAUCAGUGGAGGGGCCUGAGCAAGGGCCAGUGAAAAAUAGAAUCUGAAAAUAACAAGCUUCGUGUUCUCUUCUUGACGCAAAAAAAACAACAAACCCUAUGAAUUAAAUCUAAAAAAAAUUAUUUAUGAAAGAUUUCACAAAUAAAAAUCGGACGGCGUGAGGUCAGGGUUUUUGCCUGGAGCCCGCAUGUUCACCAAGAUGUACUUAUCUUGAAAAUUAAUCUAAAUUUCUCAAAUCUCAUAAUGCUGUAUUCAUAUAUAUAAAGUUUUGGCUAAUCGAUCAUUCUCAUUUCUCAAGUUUCAUUGAUCAUGUUCAUCACUAAAUAUUCUAUUUCAUUAUUUACAUGAAAAUUUAAUAUAAUAAAAAAUGUUAGUUAUGCGAACUACUGAAAUGAAAAAAACAAAACAAAACAUAAUGUUUUUGUUAAUCAGGAACUGGUUUCAUACACUUGGUUAUCUGCUUCUUGGCCUUGUUCGUCAAAAAAAACCCAAAAACAACAGUCUAAGGCUCCGCCAAAUCGAGUUUUGAUAUGACGUCACAAUUUCAAGAUGGUGGCGAUGACGUCAUGUUCAGUUACUGGUUCACAUUGUACGCGUGUAGGCUUACUUCUUUUUCUCUCCUCGUGCCUUUCUAGUCAGCCAAUCAUCACAGUGAACAGUAUUUUAAAGAUGACGUGAAUUUACCUUAUAAGUAGUUUCUAGUUUAAACGAUGAGAGUGACGUAACAUACAGUGAGUUUAAACAAACAAUGAUGUUUCAAAUGCAAUCCUCUCUCUCUCUCUCUCUCUCUCUCUCUCUCCCAGUACUGGAAUCUGCUCAAGUAUCACGUUGUGUUCUGACAACAGAUUAGGACAGAUUUUAACCUUAUGUUUAUUACAUUGUAUUAUUUUGUAAAUAUAAACGUCAUCCAUUUUGGACAUUAUAAUAUAGGUCAGAUUUUGCCUUAUCUUUAUAACAUUGUAUUGUAAAUGUAGCCGUCAUCCAUUUUGGGCAUUAUAGUAUAGUCAAAAUGGUGACUAUUUUGCAGAAUUCGUCGAUUAGGAAAUAUUAUGCCUUACGCUUAUUGCAUUGUCUGUAAAUGUAACCAUCACCCGUCUUGAACGUUAUAUAAUGAAAAUAGUGGUCAUUUUGCCGAGUUUGUUAACUAGAUUUUGAACUCUGAGUGUGUAUAUAGAAAAUAACAGACAUGCGAUAGAACGCGAAUGUGACAGACAUAAUUGUUGUAAUGUAUGCAUAUAUUUAUUUAUAAAAGAAAAAUUUUAAUGUUUAGUUAGAUAUAAUCAGCACUAUUUGAGGCUAACAUGUGUUUUUAUGAAUGUGUGGGACCACAGCGGAGUCUAACCCGACCCGUCAUGACGUUGGCGUUAUAUAUUGUAUCAAUGCUUUUUAUGGUGUUUAAUAAAGAUAAAUAACAUAAAUG